AGUAACUUUUUAAAUAUUUUCAGAAGGAAGUUGUUUUCUACUGCAUAAAGAAAAAUGUUCCAGGACAAUGCAAGCCAGAAACGCUGGGGAAAUAAUUCCGAGCACAUAUUCACAAGCAACCGCAUUAAUGGAUUUUCACAGGCGAAUGCAUCACAAUUUUAUGGUACUGAAUUAUCUUGCCAAAAAUAUGAUUUAUUUUUACAAAGAAACAAUUUCUAAUGAAGUCAACCGAGACAACUUGUGGCGUGAUGGAUAUGAUGGAAUGAAAAAUCCGGUUGAAGUCACUUUAAAUAAUGUAGCUAUGUUAAAAUAUAAAUUAUGGCUAUUAAGCGAUUAUAAUAACCGCACUGGAAGAUUUCCGCGAUUUUCUAAUGGUUUUCAUAAGAGGCAUCAGGAAUUAGAUAUAAUCAACAUUACAGGCUACGCUUUAUAUCAACACCCACACAAAUUUAACAGGAGUGUAUAUUUAGUUCCAACGCAUACAGCGAGACAUAUUUUCUUAGAUCCUGACGCAAAAACAAGAACCAAUUAUGAAGAGCAAUAUAAAAAAGAAUGGUUGGUUUCACAAGCAUCAGACAUGAAACUUAAGCCGAUCCAAUUUUCACAUGAGGUUUCGAGUAAAGAUAUUGGUAUCAAAGACAUCACAGAUAUUGCUUUAACAACAUUAUCAUUUCUAUCGUUUGGAAUGUUUGUUCUACAAAUUUUAACGUGCUUAACUGCUGAAAAACUUGAUGCCAACAGUAUUAUUUUAAUGCAAUCAGCUUCCACAAACGCAGUAAUGGACGAAGAGCGCAUUGAAGAAAUAAGAAGAAGGAAGAGAUCACCUAUAAACGUACUACUAAAGCUAGAUAUUAUUGCACAAAAAUCCUUGCGAUUACUCAAACUAUUUUCCAGUACAUAUGAUAAUUAUUCUUGCUACUACUACCUCAUCUGCGAAAACAGUGAUACUGUUAGAAAUCAACUAACGGACCACGCAUUUUGGAUUCCCAUUUGGAGUGCAGGCAUUACUUGGAUAUCAAACUACAAGCAAAUAGUGCCUUCAAAACUUAAAUAUUCCAGACAACACUUGGACAAUUUAAGAGCGGUUAUUAUUGGAGUAUUAGGAAAAGAAUCGUGUGAAAGCAACUUUAAAGAUGCGUGCUCAAAAGCCACCACUUAAAAUGUGAUGAAUUUUGCCAGUCAUAGUUCUAGAUUUAAAGCUUAAUUAAAAUACGUUGUACGAAAGUAAAAAGAUAUAUUUCUAAUUAAAAAUACAGGUAUAUA